AUGAGUAAACCACAGAAGCGAGCUGCUCCGUCCGAGGUGGUCAAUUGUGAAAGGGCAGCGCGAGGGGUAUGGCUGGUCAAGGUUCCCCGGUAUUUAUCAGAGAUCUGGCAGAAGAAUCAAGGGAAAGCAGUGGGAUCCUUGAUCACCAGUCAGCCAGUUGUAUUCAGAUCUAAUCCAGAGCUCGAGACGGAGCAGAAGAAGACCCCGAUUGUCACAAAUAUAGUCCAAUCGAGUAGUCGCGCGUUGCCUGACACUCUGCAACCUUUGGGAAAGAAGAAGGAGAAUGUGGAAAUGCCCAAGGAGCAUCGGUUUCUGAUGAAAAACCUGGAUAAUCAGACGAUGGCUGUGCUUGUGGAGGACAAAACAGGCCUCGAAGAGGAUGCUGACCAAGUCAGUGGACGAUUAACUAUUGAUGGAAGGGUGAGUGUAUAACUUUAGACAUCAACUUUGAACAUUUUAUGUAUACGAAGUGUAAUUUCAGACCUAAAGAAAUUAAAUUUUCGUUAUAGGUUGUAAAACGCGCUGAAUGUCAACCUCCGGCCACCUUGGAUUACAUGAAGAUGAAGAUCCGGCAAAUCGAGAAGAUUAGUCAGCCCAAACACACAGUCAAGCAGAUGGAUAAGGCUGAGGUCAAAUUCAAACCCACCUCUUAUCAUGCUGAACACAUGGCCAAAGAUAGGGCCAAGAAGGACAAUGUCAGAUCAGUUAGAGUGGAUCGGGAUAUUGUACUCAAGGAGUUGUUCCAGGCAUUCGAAAAGCAUCAGUAUUAUAGGCAAGUUGAGGCCUGAAACGAGGCAAAAGUGGUCGAUAAUAAGUGCUUUACUACAAAUUAAUGUGUUCUACGACAAAGAAUGAUGUUUUAUAUAUAAUUUGAACAACUUUUAAUAUUGUUACCUAAAAUCUUUCUUUCUGGAAUUAAAAAUCUCAUUUUCAGACUAGUUGAUCUCCAAAGAAUUACGCAACAGCCUGCCAAUUAUAUCAAGGAAAUCCUCACGACCAUCGCCAAUUACAACACAACCCAGCCGCACAAAAAUAUGUGGGAAUUGAAGUCCGAAUACAGGGAUUACGGUAACAAAAAAGAGGAAGAAGAAGAUGAAGACAUGGAUGCUGAUGGAGAUGAUGAUUAA